AUGCAGUCCUUUAAAGCAGAUGAACUGCCGCAAAAUCCGCGGGAAACCGCUAAUCCUUUAUCGACAAUGAUGUUCUGCUUCACAAUGCCAACAUUUUUCAAGGGACGCAAAAAAGUCCUCGAUGAAACGGAUCUUUUUCGGGCCCUCAAGGAACACAAAUCUGAUCUCAUGGGAAACAAACUGAGUCAGGCAUGGGAGGAACAAAUUGAGAAAAGCAAACGUACAGGCAAAGAUCCCAGUCUGAUUAAGGCUACAGUAAAGGUUUUCGGUUUACAUUAUAUGCUCUUGGGUAUAUUGAUGUUUUUGUUCGAAAUAUUCCUAAGAUGUUCACAACCGUUGUUCUUGGGUGCCCUUGUCUCAUACUAUGCUGAUCCCGAAACCGAUAAAACAGAUCAAUCCAAGGCAUUCUUGUAUGCCUUGGGUGUGAUUUUAACCAGUGCUGGUAGUGUACUCUUUAUGCACCCGAAUAUGUUGGGCAUUGUCCAUAUGGGUAUGAAAAUUCGUGUGGCCAUUUGUAGUAUGAUUUAUCGUAAGGCGUUGCGUUUGAGCAAGAGUGCCAUGGUCAAUACAACAUCCGGGCAAAUGGUGAAUUUAAUCUCAAAUGAUGUGGGUCGUUUGGAUACAUCGGUAAUGCAUAUGCAUUAUGUAUGGAUUGGUCCAUUGGAAAUAUUUGUGGUUACCUAUUUCAUGUACAAAGAGAUUGGUGCCUGUUCAUUGAUUGGCCUCGCCGUCAUGUUGUUAUUCGUUCCCAUUCAAGGAUUUUUGGGCAAAAAGACCUCCAUUUUACGUCUACGCACAGCCUUGUGUACCGAUGAACGUGUACGCCUCAUGAACGAAAUCAUUUCCGGCAUUCAGGUCAUCAAAAUGUAUGCCUGGGAAAUUCCCUUCGGAAAAAUGGUCGAUUUUGCACGCCGCAAAGAAAUGAAAGCUAUCCGCUAUGUGAAUUAUAUUCGUGGUAUUAUCGGCUCCUUUAUUAUGUUCAUAUCGAGAAUUUCGAUCUUCAGUAGUUUGGUGAGUUAUGUGCUAUUGGGAAAUUUCCUCACCGCCGAGAAGGCCUUCGUGGUUACAGCCUAUUAUGGUAUCUUACGUAUGACAAUGACUGCCUAUUUCCCCAUGGCUGUGGCUCAAGUUGCCGAAACUCUGGUGUCAUUCGGUAGAAUACAGAAAUUUAUGUUACUGGAUGAAGUGGAACAUGCGGAAAAACCUGCAACUAAUGGCAAGGUUAUACCGGCUAUUAUUAGUGAAAAUGGAAAGACCAUUGAUGUGAAUACUGCGCCCAGCAAAGAACCUGGUAUUGUUCUUCAAAACGUGCGGGCCAAAUGGAACCCAGAAUCGUCGGAAAAUAAUUUGGAAAAUGUAUCGCUGGAGUUUAAGAGGAAGCAAUUGAUUGCUGUUAUUGGUCCCGUCGGUUCGGGUAAAUCAACAUUAAUUCAAACCAUAUUGGGAGAGUUGCAACCUACCUCUGGUUCCGUCACAGUCAACGGCACAGUGGCAUAUGCCUCACAAGAACCAUGGCUUUUCACCGGUACCGUACGUCAAAAUAUUCUCUUCGGCCAACCUAUGGACAAGAAACGUUACAAUUUAACCGUUAAGAAAUGUGCCCUCGAAAGAGACUUCGAAUUGCUGCCCUAUGGCGAUAAGACGAUUGUUGGAGAACGUGGUGCCUCAUUGUCUGGUGGACAGAAGGCUCGUAUUAAUUUGGCUCGUGCCGUUUAUCGUCAAGCUGACAUUUAUCUGCUGGAUGAUCCUCUCUCAGCUGUAGAUACACACGUUGGGCGCCACCUGUUCGAUCAAUGUAUGCGUCAAUAUUUGAGAGAUCGUAUUGUAAUUCUCGUUACACAUCAACUGCAAUUUUUGGAACAAGCCGAUGUGAUUGUGAUUUUGGAUAAGGGUCAAGUGAAGGCUGUGGGCACCUAUGAAUCUAUGCGUCAAAGCGGUUUCGACUAUGCCAAACUGCUGUUGCACAAAGGUGAUGAGGACGAUGGAGAGGAUGGUGCCGAUUCGGAUAAUAAUAAAAUCGAUGACGAUCAGGAUGCCCAGAAAAUGAAACGUCAAAAUAGCAAGGCUAGGCAAAGGCAAAUUAGUGUUACCUCUGUUGCCUCAACGGUGGAAUCGUUGCAAGAUGCGGCGGCGCCCAAGCAGGUUGAGGAAACCAGAGAACAAGGCAAAGUUGGUUGGAAUUUGUACAAGAAAUAUUUUGGCAGCAGUGGAAGUGUGUUAAUUGUGGGCUUAUGGAUGUUCUUUUGUAUUGGUGCUCAGGCUUUGGGUUCGGCUGGUGAUUAUUUCUUGUCGUAUUGGGUAAACAAAAACGAAAACAAAUUACACGAAUUGGAUGCCCGUGUCGAAGUGCAAACCGAUCCUGUUGAUAUUUACAUUUUCAGUGCGAUAAAUAUUGCGAUUAUUAUCUUUGCCAUGUCCCGUAGUGUUAUAUUUUUCAAUUUGGCUUCGAAAUCUUCCACCCGGCUGCACAAUAAUAUGUUUGUCAGUGUCACCCGUGCCAGCAUGUAUUUCUUCAAUACAAAUCCAUCGGGUCGUAUUUUGAAUCGUUUCUCCAAGGAUAUGGGUCAAGUAGAUGAAAUUUUACCACAAGUCAUGAUUGAUGUUAUACAGAUUUUCCUAUCGCUGUUGGGUAUUGUCAUUGUGCUGUGUCUGGUCAAUCCCUAUUAUAUAAUUGUCACCGUGGUAAUGAUCGUCAUAUUCUACUAUAUCCGAUCGUUCUAUUUGAAAACGUCGCGGGAUGUUAAGCGUUUGGAAGCUAUAA